AUGCCUCACCACCACACCAAGUCAGUUUCUCCACCUCCCCGGAGACGGAGAGUGUUAGAAGAGCGUAGCUCCGCUCAUACCAAUGAAAGAUCCCCCACGCGCUCCUUGCGGAGGAUACAAACACAAGAAGACGUUGAUGAUAUCUAUAUGGCCACACCGUUUCCGACCAAACCAGAGCAAAUUUUGUUACCACUUCCAGGCAAAGGCCAACGGGAGUACAUCUCAGAUACCGGAUUCACCUAUUCUUCGACUGCAGGUCCUUCAGCACCAACAUGGGUCUCGCCAACUUUCAGCCAUGAUACAGGGAGUAGUCCCGAACAACCAUCAAUCGGGGAAUGGGAUUCUUCGACGGUCGAUGCAGGCAACUCGCCCCCUCAGAUGUGGGAUGAAGAUCCAUCAUCGAGCAAAUCAUCUUUGCCCGAGAUCUCAUCAGCCAAACCAGAGGAAUACGUUUCCGAGGAAUCGGAUCCUGAGUUUUCAGAUGAUGAUCUGAUUGUACUCCCCACUGCCACGCCAACUAUCAAGGCAGUCGUCUCUGAACCCCCCACAUCCCCCAAGUCAGAACGAGAGGAGGACGAUGAUGAUGUAUCGACCAUGGGAUACUCCAGCCCUAACGUCCAGCCUAUCGGUGCCCCUUCCAGUCCCAAUUUUGUCACAUUAGACAAUUCGAGUGUCAACUUUUUGCCUCGAGGCCCGGCUUCUAAUGUCGACUCAGACCCACGAUCGAAUUCCUUGUCUUCAUAUAACUCGCGAGGAACCGUCGUAAGGCAUAUGGGCGCAACACCAUGGAUCUUCACAGCAUCAUCCGACCAAGUGAACCUUUCUCGUUCACCAUCUUUCCGUUCUAGCCCGCCACUUCAAUCAGUGGCAUCGUUCCGCUCCGGGUCUCGACGUCUUUCUACAAGUCGAUCACGGUCUGCGACUUCAUCCUCGCGCAGUCUUCGUUCGGUCUCUGACAUUGUAACUGCUAUUGAUAAUGGUAUCCCGAUUCAAUACCCUCGUAUUCGUGCCCCAUCGUCUAGUUCACGUGCGGAAACCUCGGUGUCUUCAGAACGGGAUUUCACCCCGGGUCCAGCUUCUGGUCGCUGGAAUCCACAUCUUUCCAGAGUAUCAUCUGUCUGGUCAGCGGAGGAGUUCGCGGGUCAGGAAUAUGCGGGCCCAGUCUCUGAAGAGGAAACCUCAAGCAAUGAUUCGGAGCCCGCCAUUCCAUCGUCCGUUGCGCUCAACACCAAAACGAGUGGAUCGACGGUCUGGCUAGUGAACGACUCCGACGCAGAUGAGCACCUCGAUAGCUUGACCAACCUGCCCACUCGCAAUGGAUUCUUACACAGCUUAUCCUCCGGCUCCAAGCGAAGUAAUAGCACGAGGAGUAACAGCAUGCGCAGUCUCAAGCGCCCCGGAACCGGGUCUAGCACCAUUCUGCACAUCCUGCCAACCUGGGCUAAGAUCUAUUACCGAGCAGAUGCCCUUGGUUUUCAUCCGACUUUGUCUAUGAUGGAGCCCAGUCGCCCACCCUCUGCUCGCCCUGGAUCUGCCCGCCCUGGAACUAGUAACUCCAGCGUCUUCAAUCUGAUGCCUCAUCCGCUCAAUGUGCCCCGCCCUCGCUCACCAGAACGGCCUCGCUCGCCGGAACGAGUACACUUUGCUCAGCGACGCAUCGAUAGUGAUCCCCGUGACCCGCGUGCUCAUUGGGUCUCACCGCCAGAGUCCGAAAAUAGCGAGGUAAUUGGAACUCACCGUCACCGACUGCGACACAGUUGGUCACCGCAUCUCUAUACCGACCGACGUACGAUCCAGCACUCGGCCAGCGUAUGGACGACUCCUUCCUUUGAUUCAACAACGGAACCCAUCUUUGGGCGAAGGAAUAUCCAGGUCUACUCAUUCUGCGUGGGAUUCAUCUUCCCACUUGCCUGGAUCAUUGCCUCUUUUCUUCCACUGCCUCCCCAGCCGAAGAUAAUUUCAGAAAUGAUGGAGUCCCCAGAUGAUAUAGAGGCAGCGCUCGAGUCCCAGAUGAUGGGUCUGCAGCAACGCCGCUAUAAUAACGCUCGCUGGUGGCGCAAUCUGAACCGUUGGAUGAUUUCACUUGGAGUCGUCAUUAUAGUAAUCAUUAUUAUCCUUACUGCCAUUGGUACCACGACCGGCUUCUGA